AUGUCCAAGCAACCCAAAGUUCCCAAACCUCAGCUCUACCCUUCUGAGAUAUACCAAAGUGGAAAACCUAGUCCUGCACAACGACCGGUUCGCCCAAGGUCGUUGAAGGGACACCCGGAUAUCCGGUCGACCAAGGAGUAUAAGCAAGCUGCACGACGAUGGACUUCUAUCAUGGUCGGGUUGCCGAUUAUCAUGUAUACUUCUUGGGUUCUUUAUGAGCGAGGUAAAUUCAAAUCUCUCAUUGUUCCCUUCAAUCAAAUCGCUGACAAUAUCAAUCUAGUUUAUGGGAAUAAAAGCGUGAAGGAGAUUGCUCGGCCGUCCUUGCCAGACCGAUCUUCAAACUCUUCAUAG